UUUCACCUUGCAUAAACCUGUUAGGGUUUUUGGAGUCGCCAUUUUUGUUUUCUCUUCAACCUUAUUUCACAUUCCUUCUCGCACCUCUCACGAUGAACUCCGGCACUACAUGAUGCCUUUUGUGGACAUUCCCAACAUUGUGUUCACCAAUAUUUCAAAACAUCGUCUAACACGGUACGCUGUUUUGUCUCUUCACGUUUUUCUAGUCGCUCUUUUAAAUUCUAUCCAUUUCCCGGAGCCUGGUUUUCGACUCGAUGGAUAUCCAUCCAAUCGUUAGCACACUGGGCUUCUGGAAGCUUCUACUGCAAGGAAACUCUACUCUACCAUUGGCCAAAUUGCAGUUGUUGCUCAUUUGUCGGACAUGAUGGAUUCGAAUUCGAACCAUGAAUUCAAUAACCCUUUUAGGUCCAAAGAUGGUCCACAAACUUUCCCAUUCUUUGAUUGUUUUGCGGAGUUUAUGUAGCCAUCCGUUUGGUGGUGAUGGAUUUGAAUGCAUUGAGGAGCCUCUGAAGAACCUAGGAUUAGAUUGUGAUUCUGCUGUGGAUGUAACGCUCCGUUUAAACGAGGAUUUGGGUUAUAACCAAAAGCAAUUUUCACUGAGAAAAGGGUUCUUAGAAAGUGUGAGGUUAGAUGCUAAGAGGGUUCUUGAGGUUCUCCGACAAGACGGUCCCGGUCUGGAUGCGAGGUUGGUUUUAGGUGAGUUGCAUGUAAGACCAUCAGGGCUUCUCGUGAGGGAGGUCCUCUUUGGAAUUUUGAAGAAUAUAAAUUCUGAGAAUAAAACUAGGUGGGCAAAGCUGGCAUACAAGUUUUUUGUGUGGUGUAGUCAGCAAGAGGGUUACCGGCAUACUGCGAAUGCAUAUCACUUAGUUAUGAACAUAUAUGCGGAGUGUGAGGAGUUUAAGGCAUUGUGGAGAUUGGUUGAUGAAAUGAUUGAGAAAGGGCUUCCGGCUACUGCUCGAACUUUCAAUAUCUUGAUUCGUACUUGUGGUGAGGCAGGUUUGGCUAAGAAAUUGGUGGAGAGGUUUAUAAAAUCAAAGACGUUUAACUUUAGGCCUUUUAAGCACUCCUACAAUGCAAUCCUAUAUUGUCUUCUUGUUUUAAACCAGUACAAGUUGAUUGAGUGGGUUUAUCAGCAGAUGUUGCUUGAUGGAUUUUCUUCAGAUAUUUUAACUUAUAAUAUUGUCAUGUAUGCCAAGUACAGACUUGGAAAGUUGGAUCAAUUUCACAGACUGUUUGAUGAGAUGGGUAGAAAUGGAUUUUCUCCAGAUUUUCAUACCUUCAAUAUUCUUCUUCACGUUCUUGGCAAAGGGGACAAACCGCUUGCAGCUCUCAAUCUCUUAAAUCACAUGAGAGAAAUGGGUAUAGAUCCAACUGUGCUUCACUUCACUACAUUGAUAGAUGGACUCAGCAGAGCUGGAAAUAUGGAUGCUUGCAAGUAUUUUUUUGAUGAAAUGAUAAAGAAUGGAUGUAUCCCAGAUGUGGUGGCUUACACUGUAAUGAUAACAGGAUAUGUAGUGGCUCAUGAGCUUGAGAAAGCCCUGGAAAUGUAUCAAGAUAUGAUUUCUAGAGAACAAGUUCCAAAUGUUUUUACAUACAAUUCCAUAAUUCGGGGAUUGUGCAUGGCAGGAAAAUUUGAUGAAGCAUGUUCAAUGCUCAAGGAAAUGGAAACCAAAGGUUGUAGUCCAAACUCUAUUGUCUAUGAUACUUUAGUGAGUAGUUUAAGGAAUGCUGGAAAGACUGCUGAUGCUCAUGAAGUGAUCAGACAGAUGACAGAGAAGAGGAAGUACACCCAUAUAUAUUCAAGAUACGAACGGAAGAAAUGAGGCAUCGACUUUUGAUCUGGAUGACUGAGACCCAUGAUCUGCUGCGUGUUCAGCUGACUAGAGGCUGGAAAAAUGAAAGCAAGCAACAACAGCUUCAAAUAUUGCCAAUAGUCAGAGAUGCUGUAAUUAUUUAAGUUGAUCUCCACACACAUGCUUAAGCUGGUUGCUUUUCUGUGGCUUCAAAGGCAGCCCAUUCAGUUUGCUGCCACAUUCCAGAUGAAGAUCGGAAAGCUUAUCCUCUUGCAUUGUCAGUUAAACAUCAUACAGGAUAAAUGUUGAACGCUAGUGUAUACAUCCAUCAUUCAAAUUCCCGCGCUGAUUAUACAACCUCAUAGGAUUGAUAUUUUUAGGUUUUCUGUUGGAUGGAUUGGCGACUCAGAAUCCUAAAUCAAGUGUGUACGUUUUGUCCCCCGGGGGCUUUGUGUAUCUACAUGAAAGGAUGGUCUGUCAGCUAAGCCUAUUCAGCAUUGUGUUUUCCCUCCUUGAUCAAUAUGGUUUUAUUCGUGUAUUUUUAUUUCCUGAUUGAAUUGACUAGUUAUUAUAGCCAUUACAUACUUACCUUGUGACAUUCAUAUACUGAGAAUGAGACUGAGGAUAAAACUUGAACGUUUCAUUUCA